AUGAAUGGUUUAACAAAUGUUCAACUAUCAGCAUCAUCUACUCCGCCAAAUAGUGAUAAACUAUCCGGUAAAUUAAUUAUAAAAGCUCAAUUAGGUGAUGAUACUCGUAAGAUGAUGAUACACAAUGAGGAUCUAACAUUAAAUGAACUUGUUCUUAUGAUGGAACGUAUAUUUGCCGGAAAAAUUUCGAAUUCAGAUGAGUUAACUAUAAAAUAUUUAGAUGAUGACGGUGAUAAAAUAACCUUAUUAAAUGACAGCGAUUUAACUGUAGCAUUAAAUUUUCAUAAAGUCCUUCGCGUAUUUGUAUUGGUUAAUGGUAGCGAACAAUUUCCAAAUAAUUCGACAGACAAUGUUAAUAAAGAAGGAAGUUUAGUCGAUGCUAAAACAUUUCGUACUGAAUUACAACAAAUUCGAAAUUCUGUACAAGCAAUACUUGAUCGACUUCAACUACCAACAAACCAAGAAGAAAAAAAUAAGCAACAAGAAGAAGCAACAACAAAAGCAUCUACACCUGUUUUUGUUCCAAGUUCAACACGUGAAUUUGAUCCAUACAAACAUUUACAAACUCAACGAUCAACCACGCCUGAUAGUAUUCGAUCGAGAUUGUCUAAUUCAAAUAAAAUAGUUCGUAGUGAACAGAAAUCAUUUCAAGCUACACAACCUGUACCAACCGUUAAUACACAACAACAAUAUCAACCUUCACAAACAACGGAUUCGAAUAAAGCACCACCCCCGCCUACAUCAUUUCAACAAACACAAAUUUUUGCUCCUACAGGAUAUAAUGAUCAACAAAAUAAAACAUCUACAUUCGGUGGUCCACAGUCACCAUUUCCUCCUAUGCCAACCUUACCAAAUGUGAAUACAUCAUCAGCUUUCAAUACUAGUUCAGCUCCACCACUGCCAAGUUCAAAUACAGUACAAACAUCAGCAUUUAUAGGUCAACAACAAUUUCAACCGGUGGCACCACCACCACAAAGUGGUUUUUACAGUCCACAAUCUUCAAUGCAACAAAAAUCCUUUAUUCCUGGCAUGAAUACAAAUAUGAAUUCAUCAAAUGCAUAUGCUCAGCAACAAGCACCACCACCACCACCAUCAGGCUCGUCACCAGCAACCAUCAAUCCAUCGUAUAUUCAAUCAACAGGAAUGCCAGUUCCACCACAAUUCACUUCACAACAACCGUAUGGUGGUUAUCCACCUCAAAACUCUUACUACAAUCCUGCCUCACAAUAUUCAAAAACAUCUUAA